CAAGCCAAACUAGCAAGACGCAGUCAAGAACGAGACAAUCUUGGCAUGCUGGUCUGGUCACCUAAUCAGAAUCUAUCAGAAGCAAAACUAGAUGAAUACAUUGCCAUCGCUAAAGAGAAGCAUGGAUACAACAUGGAACAGGCUCUUGGGAUGCUCUUUUGGCAUAAGCAUAAUAUUGAAAAGUCAUUGGCUGAUUUGCCCAACUUUACCCCCUUCCCAGAUGAGUGGACUGUGGAAGAUAAAGUCUUGUUUGAACAAGCCUUUAGUUUUCAUGGGAAAACUUUUCAUAGAAUCCAACAGAUGCUUCCUGAUAAAUCUAUAGCAAGUCUGGUGAAAUUUUACUACUCUUGGAAGAAGACGAGGACUAAAACCAGUGUGAUGGACCGCCAUGCUCGGAAACAGAAGCGGGAGCGGGAGGAGAGUGAGGAUGAACUGGAAGAAACAAAUGGAAAUAACCCCAUUGACAUUGAGAUUGAUCAAAACAAGGAAAGCAAAAAGGAGGUGCCCCCUACGGAGACAGUUCCUCAGAUCAAAAAAGAGAAACAUAGUACACAAGCUAAAAAUAGAGCAAAAAGGAAACCUCCCAAAGGAAUGUUUCUGUCCCAAGAAGACGUGGAGGCUGUUUCUGCCAACGCCACGGCUGCCACCACGGUGCUCAGGCAGCUGGACAUGGAGUUGGUCUCGAUCAAGCGGCAGAUUCAGAAUAUUAAACAGACAAACAGUGCUCUCAAAGAAAAACUUGACGGUGGAAUAGAACCAUAUCGGCUGCCAGAGGUCAUUCAGAAAUGUAAUGCACGUUGGACCACAGAAGAGCAGCUUCUUGCGGUACAAGCCAUCAGGAAAUAUGGCCGAGAUUUUCAGGCAAUCUCAGAUGUGAUUGGGAACAAAUCAGUGGUACAAGUGAAAAACUUUUUUGUAAAUUAUCGACGCCGCUUCAACAUAGAUGAAGUUUUACAAGAAUGGGAGGCAGAACAUGGUAAAGAAGAGACCAAUGGGCCCAGUAGCCAGAAACCUAUCAAGUCCCCGGAUAAUUCUAUCAAGAUGCCUGAAGAGGAAGACGAGGCUGCUUCUGUUCUUGACGUCAGAUACGCAUCUGCUUCAUGAGAAACUCUGGUAGCUUUGAGCACUUGGUAUGGACGACUGUGUUAUCCAGGAUAUCAGGUAUUACAAGACAUCACCUAGCCAUCUGCAUCACAUCUCUGUGGACAAGCAGCUAUUACCAAAAAAGGCAUACACUUCCAGUCCUGUGCUCCAUCUGCCUUAAUUCUGUGCUCGUUCCUCCAUGUGGCGCCACUUCCCAGAGAGCCCCUUUGCAUCUCUCACACUCUGCCUCAGUGCUGGGGAGUCUUCGUGGCCUGCACGCCUCCUGUGACUCUGGGGACCCCUCCCCAGUCGAAGCUCCUGAGCCCCACCAAUGGCAGCUCUGCCCAAUCAGCAGCUUCUUCAAACAGGUAGUCCACUUGGAAGGCACGACUCUGUUCCUGCAUGGCCUGCAACUUCUACUUUGUGCAUAAUGUAAUUUUCAGAGUGACUGUGACCCUGUUGGCCUUUUAGAAAGUUUCUCUUGGUCUUUUCUGAGGCAGCCACCUAAGUGAUAUCAUGCUUCUUUGGAAAUCACCGUAUACUGGCAGACUGCAUUAUAACCUCCAUUGUGCCAAACAUCCUGAGACAGCUCUCAUUUCCCCAAAUGUUGGGUGUAAUUAUGGUUUGUAAAUUUAUCUGGCUUAAAUCUCGCCCUUCUCCCUUCCCAAGUGGUAGAAAGCUCAUUCACAGCAACUGUCCUUGGACGCUAGCUUAAAGGGAACGUGGACCUCAACACUUUCUGCCUUCAGCUUUCAGCAUUGUAAUCCCAGGACGGGAGCCAAUCCUGUCUUUUUGGAUCCCCCCACCCCACCAUCCAACUCCAAGAGAUGCGGUCCAUACCACUGUACCUGGUGCUUGUGCAUUGGAAUUGGUGCCUUCUCCUUUUGGCAACCAUGUUAUCAACCCUUUUUCUGUUUUAGUGUCUUAUUUCUUCUUUAAAGUUUAUUGCUUGCCAAAGAUAACAUCACUGAGAUUAGGAGACAGGGGAGAAAUUGCUGCAGAUUCUGACAGAGUGCAGAUUUUAAAUGUCAGGUUAGCUCAAUAAAGGGUAUUAGAAUAACUGGUGAGGGUUUUAUAAAAGCUACACAUUAUGUGUUCCCCGUUUUGUUGGUAUGCCUGGCCUUCUACAUCUCACUCCAUACAGCUUUUUUUGUCCUUCGUAUACUGACGUGAUCAUAUAAACCCCAUUCUUUCUCUUUUAAUAUUAUAGUACAGGACAGAGAAGUGAUCAGUUUAUCGGCUCUAGUAAGACCAAGACGAAAAGAAACAAUGUACAAAGUGGUCUGUAAUGCCUUUUGGUUGGACUGGGAACAAGUAAAUGUUUCUAAUAAAUGUUCUAAGAUUU